ACCGAGUUCUUCAGCCACAUCGACCUCAGGCCCGCCACUCUCCUCGUCCACCCGCAGUAUUACGCCGGAAACCUGGUCAACGACAUCGCCAUCCUCACCCUCGAGCACCACAUCGACUUAUCGGCCAACCCCCACAUCUCGCCCAUGUGUCUCCCAGACGCCCACAGCACCUUCGUGGGACAACGGUGUCAGUCCACCGGUUGGGGUAAGGACGCCUUUGGAGGCGACGGCAAGUUCCAGAGCAUCCUGAAAGAGGUGGAGCUUCCAGUCCUGUCCCACCACCAGUGCCAGACGGCCCUCAAACACACGCGUUUGGGAUCCACCUUUAGUCUCCAUCAAGGAAAUCUUUGCGCAGGAGGCGAGGCAGGUCGCGACACUUGCAAGGGCGACGGCGGAGGACCCCUGGUGUGCCGCGGCAACGACGGUGCCUUCCGUUUGGCCGGUCUGGUGUCAUGGGGCGUCGGGUGCGGGCAGGUGGGCGUCCCGGGCGUGUACGUGAACGUGGCUCAUUACCUGGACUGGAUCGAGUCCGCUGUCCGCUCCUUAUAGUUCCAGUCAUCCUCUCCAACUCAUAACCGCUCAAACCACGUCAUCAAGGCUUUAAUGACGUCAUCCUUAUAAUUACGUCAUACUCGUCUCUACGCGACGAAUCAAGUGACGUCAUCAGUGUGCUAGGGUCAGACUGCUGGUCUUCAGUCUGUCUCGUUACAAUGUUAAUGUUUUUUUUUGUAAUAAUAAAUUAUUAAGUAUAAAUUA